AUGGCGGCCAAUCAUAGCUCCGACGACGAAAACACGCGUCUUUACAAUCCUUACCAGAAAUUCGAUGUCCCGGUCAGUCCUCAGCUUCUAUACAAGCUUCCUGUAUCUCCAGAAUUCCUCUUCACGGAAGAGUCCCUCAAAAAGCGCCGGUCUUGGGGAGAAAAUCUCACGUUCUACACAGGGACGGGUUAUCUCGGCGGCUCUGUAGCCGGCGCUACAGCUGGGGUAUUCUCCGGUGUCAGGAGCUUCGAGUUUGGAGACACGGCUAAGCUGAAGAUCAACAGGAUCCUGAAUUCGUCUGGUCAAAAGGGUCGCGCUUGGGGUAACAGGAUCGGGGUGGUUGGGUUGAUCUACGCGGGGAUUGAGAGUGGCGUGGUGGCGUUCACUGAUAGGGACGAUAUCUGGACAAGCGUUGUGGCUGGUCUCGGAACCGGAGCGAUCUUCAGGGCAGCAAGAGGGGUGAGAUCUGCGGCUGUGGCUGGUGCUCUUGGAGGAAUAGCUGCUGGUGCGGUUGUGGCCGGGAAGCAAGUGUUCAAGCGUUAUGCUCACAUAUGA